AUGUUCCACCAACCGUCAACCCCUCCUUCGAGCUUCCCCGUCUCACCUCUUCGGAGUGGAGGAGGGUGGAGCAUUACCAUCACCUCAUUCAUUGGUUUCAUCGAUGAAGAUAGCUCGAAGUUGACUCGCUCCCACAAGUUCGGAGAACGUGACCAUACCGGCGUGCAGCAUGCCGAACACCACGAGGGCGUCCCUCGCUUCUUCGCCAAGGCUGGCCAUGCGGGUGAAGAUCCCAACAAGACCAAGAAGAACGGUGGAGGGAAGGGCAAUUGGGGCCACCCCGGCGACGAAGCCUCCGACUCCAACUACAACAUGACCAACCCCCGCCGCCGCUCCAACUCCUCCACCCACUCCCACCACCUCGACCACUUCAAGACCAAGUUCGAGACGGUCGAACCCGAGCCCGUUUUCGAAGAGGAGAUCCACGGUCCCCUUGCUGAGGACGGUGCCGACUUGCAGAAGGCGGACACCGAGAGCUCGGGGGACAGCGCCACCUUGAAUGGGAGCGUGGAGGAAGAGGACGCGGUGAGCGCGGACAAGAAGAUGUGA